GGAGGGCCUGUUGGCUGGCUACUGCCCGUGCAAACAGAGCUCUUCUUUUUAUCGAUGGGAUACAAUAAGCUGUCAUUUGUGUCGUAGGGUUAGCGUCCAGUUGUCCACCCAGGGCAGGACGAUAGGGUAGCAUGAUAGCCGUGGAUGGGACUCGGCAGGAAGAGCUUCCCCGUCUGCUGCUGCAUUGUGACUGCACCCGCACCCGAAGCCACCAAGUCGGCAAGCGUCGGCGUCCGACAUGGGGAAGGAGGUAAACGGCGUCUCGCGGAGCCGCUUUGAGAUGUUCACAAACAGUGAUGAGGCAGUCAUCAAUAAGAAGCUACCUAAGGAGCUGUUGCUGCGAAUCUUCUCCUUCCUAGAUGUGGUGACGCUGUGUCGCUGUGCUCAGGUCUCACGGUCCUGGAAUGUUCUGGCUCUGGAUGGAAGCAACUGGCAGCGGAUCGACCUUUUUGACUUUCAGCGGGACAUCGAGGGCCGAGUGGUUGAGAACAUCUCAAAGCGAUGUGGAGGCUUCCUGAGGAAGCUGAGCUUGCGGGGCUGCCUCGGCGUGGGCGAUAGCGCCCUGAGGACGUUCUCACAGAACUGCAGGAACAUCGAACUGCUCAGUUUGAAUGGUUGCACCAAGAUCACUGACAGCACGUGUAACAGUCUGAGCAAGUUCUGCCCAAAGCUGAAGCAUCUGGACCUCGCGUCCUGUACCUCAAUCACCAACCUGUCACUCAAAGCCCUCAGUGAGGGUUGUCCACUGCUGGAGCAGCUCAACAUCUCCUGGUGUGACCAAGUCACCAAGGACGGCGUUCAGGCCCUGGUUCGAUCCUGUCCGGGACUCAAGGGUCUAUUCCUAAAAGGUUGCACACAGCUAGAAGAUGAAGCGCUGAAACAUAUUGGGGCAAACUGUCCCGAAUUGGUCACGCUCAACUUGCAGACAUGCUCGCAGAUCACAGACGACGGCCUCAUCACUAUUUGUCGAGGCUGCCAUCGUCUGCAGUCACUCUGCGUAUCGGGCUGCGCCAACAUUACGGACGCCAUUUUGCACGCGCUCGGACAGAACUGCCCACGCCUCAGAAUAUUAGAAGUGGCCCGCUGCUCUCAACUUACAGACGUGGGCUUCACGACAUUAGCAAGGAAUUGUCACGAACUUGAGAAGAUGGAUUUAGAAGAAUGCGUGCAGAUUACAGAUGGAACACUUAUACAGCUUUCUAUCUACUGUCCUCGGCUACAAGUUUUGGUGAGUAUUGUGCAUCAGAAUGAUUACCUCUUUAAGGAAAAAUAUAAAAAAAUAAAUAAAAUAAGCAAAUUCCCAGUGCACCGAAAUGGUAGCAGUAUAGUUUGGAACCCUGUUCUUCCGUCUCCCCCUACCUCGGCAACGCAGAGUCUCUCCCACUGCGAGCUGAUCACCGACGACGGCAUCCGCCACUUGGGCAGCGGACCUUGCGCCCACGAUCGACUGGAGGUGAUUGAGCUGGACAACUGCCCGCUGAUCACGGACGCUUCGCUGGAGCACCUGAAGAGCUGCCACAGUCUGGAUCGCAUCGAGCUCUACGACUGUCAGCAGAUCACCCGGGCCGGCAUCAAGAGGUUAAGGACACACCUGCCUAACAUCAAAGUACACGCGUACUUUGCCCCGGUGACUCCUCCGCCUUCGGUGGGGGGCAGCCGCCAGAGAUUCUGCCGCUGCUGUAUCCUGCUAUGAUGCUAAAGACUCAUCAGACGUCAGUCUUCCCUUUCCUUCCUCCCUCCUUCUCCACCUUGUGUGCGUGUGUCCCGGAUUCCCUCCCCUGCUCAAGCAGUGUAUUCUUGCUGUGUCCUCCUUUUCAAGCUGCAGAGAGACCAAACAGUGCAGGGUAACACACACUCCACACUUUUCCCCCUUUCUCCUAAACACACAAUUGUUAUUAGUGGAAGCGUGUUGGAAUAGCGUUUUGUUGCCUCACAGUUCUGAAGGAUGGAGAUUUGCUUUUUCUCCAGGUACUCCGGCUUCCCCCCUCACAUUCCGAAAACAUGCAUGGAAAACCCAAAAUUCUCCAUAGGUGUGAAUGCUUGUUUAUGUGAGAACCAGUGUGAGGUAACUUUAUUGAAGUCAUUUUUGUCGACAUAUCUUUCAGUUGAAUACUGCUUUAAAUCAAGCCCCCCCCCAACAUCCAGUUGAAUGAAUUGCCAUCCAAAUGCACUUUACUCAUUGGACCACUCAAUAUGAGCUCUCAAAAUACAACACAAACUCAAUAUGAAGUCAAAGUUUGCUUUGCUCGAAUGUAUACAAAGAAAAAAAAACCAGCAAAACGCAAUGCAAAAACAUUUCUGUGGAUGGAGAAGGAAAACAGCUUUUCAUGACACAUCCUGCACUGUUGGCCAAUGUCCUGAGUCAGCGUCUGCCCUUCACCCCCUUUUCUUCAACAACCGGUGAACAGCAGCAAAAAUGUAUGAGGAGAAAACGCUUUCCGCUUUUUGCAUCUGUCAGAACAACAACCAGACUGUUUACAAAGAACAACAUUUGAUACCCCUCUAUACCCUGUCUCCAUGUGCUUCAUUGAAGAGGGGCAGAAAAAAGAACUAUUUUUCUAAAAAAAUAAAAAAUGGGACACAUUUUGGGACUGAAGAAGAUGCCAAAUGUUGCACGUGAUACCAAUUGUUGGAUCCAAAUGUACAUAAGUGAGGUCUCUGGGAGUAUUUGGACGAAUCAGUCAAAAGAAAGACUAUAAAAAUGGAUGAUUCCUGUCAUAUAUGAAUGGGAAGAAUAACGCUAACUGCCAAGUUGUUAAUUUUGAUUUCUUCGAAAGAGUAGUAGGGCCACACUCAAAAGAUCAACUUUUGUUGGUCCAGAAUAAAGUUGUCUUGUCAUAUUGCGAGAAAUUAAAAAAUAAAUUGUAAUAUGACAUAAUUCCCAAAUUCUCUUCCUCAAAACCUUUAUUUCGAAACAUGACUUUUGAUGCAAAAUUAUCGUUCUAUCAUCUUUGAUUGAUUUUUUUCAAGAGCGGCCCUAAUACUCCUUCAUCGACUCACGGUUUUAUAUUUCUUUUGUAACUCCGAUUUCUCAUUCUUCGUGUUGCGUUUGACGGGAUUUGCUCAAAUGCCCUGGUCAGGUGCAAUUUGAAGUAUUUUCGCUCAUUCAUUUACCCCAACUAUCGAUGGGCAGGAGGCGGGGUACACUCACAAUCUCUCACAGCUAUGAAGAAUUUGGAGUUUUCAAACAGCCUCGCAUGCAUGUUUUUGGGAUGUGGGAGGAGAAAAGCCACUUUGGCGGGGACAGGGAAACCAUGCAAACUUCACACAGAAAGUCCGGAGCCCAGAAUCGAACCAACGGUCUCGUAACUGUGAGGUGGACGUGCCUGUCUGAUAUUUCUUCUUGAAUGUCCCUGACCAAGACCUUGCUGCCCUUUUUCCCUUAACUGUCCACCAAAUUCCCUAAACAAGACUGAAACGUGGAAUGUUAAAGCAUCAUGUAUGCCGCCAAGAUGAAGUGAAGGAGGCAAAAAAACUGCUUGAGAAAAGAUUGUAAUAUUUCUUUGUUAGGUAACGCAAGAUGAAAUGAUCCUUGUGUAAUACUGUCUGAGCUGUUUUGUUUGAAUGGGGCUUUACGCAGAGGGGGGAUUAGGGAAUGUGUCAAAAUGGCCACCGUGCACUCCCGGGGAAGGAAAGUGGAACAAGCCGGCCAACCGGCCUACCUAUGUGUCAACACUAACUCUGAAAUGGGCAAAGGAGUCUUCAGGCCUGUGAUUUCAAGUUCAUUCGGAAUUUAGCAGUAGUCGAUGAUGGAGGACGUGUAAAGCAGUUUGCUCUCUGGACUUCUUUCAAAAUUUGCUCUGAAUUUCCUAAUUGGAAAAUCCCGAAAAAGCCAUUGGCCCCGCCUGUGGGUUAACGCUCCUUUUAUCAGGAGAUUUCAAGAGUCCGCUAGCCAAGUAAACUUUCUGUUCUCCUUGCAUUAUCAACACAAGCGCACUGGAGUUAAAAUGCAAGAGGUAUACCUAUUGUUGCCUCCCUCCCAAACAGGACACCUCCAAUGACGUACGGCGCGACAUUUGAUCAUGAAAAUGACUGUAGUCUAUAUAAUUACUGUAAAUCUUUUCCAUUUUUUUGUACAAUUAACCGCUACAAAUGAUUAUGUACGUAUGAAUAAAUAUAUACCUAUAUUAUUAAGACUGGCUUUGUUUUGUCAAAAAGUGCGCUUGGGUUGUCGUAUAACCUUCAGACCACUAGAUGGGAGCAAAGAGCUGGGUAUUUUUGCUGCAGCAUCACAUCCCGCCAACUAAGUACAUUUGAAUAAAAAGACUACGUUUACAUAUUGCAAUUUAUAGCUUCCAAUGGGGUUGAACCUUCCUGUUGACCUCAUUUUCUGCAUACAUUCUUUGUCCUCCGGUUUAAAUUGACCCGUCUUUGCAAAAUCCCAAUUCAAGCAGUUUAAUUGAACUUUAAACACCAAAUAUCAUAUUGCUUGAAAUAACAUCUUAUCCUUCAGCACAAUAUGCAGAGGCGUCGCGUCCCAUUAGGCAAACCAGGCUAUUGCCUAGGGCCCCCAGCCAGCAGGGGCCCCCAAAGGGCCAACAGAUUUCAGUGGCGCCUCCAGAAAUUUUUCAUAGGGGUGGCCAGAUGUGGCCGCUUAAAUUCUUGGGGUGGCCAAAACUAAAAGCCAUAAUUUCAGGUUUUCAUCAUAUUAUUGCAGUAAAAAGGUCAGGGGAAAACUAUCAGAAAGAUUUAAGGAAAUGGCUUCUGAUAUACUUUGGUGUAUUGUGUAAUAUUUGAUGUUACUAAUGAUUUAAUGUGCAUAGUCCAUAACUGUC